AUGUAUUCACAUAGAUUUUCUAUUGUAUUAUCAAAAGAUUGUAAUAGACUUGACCAUGAUAGUAUGACAACUCUUCCAUCGGGAUUGAGUGUAUUUUCACCUAGGGAUGUGUCAUUUGACACUACUAAUCCAAUGCUUGAUUUGGAUGACCCUUUUUCACUUAUAUCACCUCGUAUUCGUAUGCCAGGUUAUUACCACAAUGUGGACGAUAUUGACCACCACCACAAAACAUCAUCAUCAUCACCAUCAUCUUCUUCAUACUAUGGAUCACUCGGGUCAUCAUCCGAGUCCAUUAAUGAUUCAUCAUCAUCUUCACCAUCGUCGUCAUCGUCAUCGUCACCAACAUCACUAUCCACGUCUCUUGACUUGUGUCUUUAUCAACAAUGUAAAUUAGAAGAACAAGAAGAAGGACAUGAACAAGACCAAGUUCAUUCUUUGUCACUUGUAUCAACUCCUUUGUAUCUUUUACCAUUGUCUUGCAGCAACAACAACAUUUUCAUGGAUGAUGUCAUUCUUACUACAGAUGCUCCUACAUGCUCUGCCAUCCAAUCAUAUACUGGUAUUUCACAAAACUCGAUUUCACCCUUCUCGUCAAGCAGCAGUAGCUUGUUUACACCAUCGUCACCUCCUCCACCAUUGCCAUUGUCUCGAGCCAUCCGUCCAUUAACAUUAAAGAUUCGUGGUAGUAUUUACAAAAAAGUAGCAGACCCACCAACACCAAGCAAUGAUGAUUAUUCAUCAGAAUCGACCGAGGAUGAAGAUGAAGAUGAGUCAAUGUCUGAUGUCAAUGAUGAUGAGGAUGAUCACCAACAACAUUAUCAACCAUCAUCCUCUACUAUAGUAAUGCCAACUACUACUACUACUACUUCUACUGCUAUUGUUCCAAUGGUUGAAAAGAAAAAGAUUGUUUUUACAUGCUAUAAAAAGAAAGUAGAGGUAGUCCAAGUAGAGAAAGAAGAGGAAGAGGACAAUAGUGACUCUUCAACAGACUCUGAAGAGAUGGAUAUUCAAGAUGAUAGUGAUCAAGAUUAUUCACCACCUGAAUCUGAAGACGACGAUGAGUCUUCUGAGGAUGAAUCCAAGAAGAAGUCAAGAUCCAAAAGAAGAACAGUUCCAAAAACUCCAUCAUCCAAUAUGUUGAUCUCUAAUUUUAGACAAAGAAGAAUGGCUUCUCCAAUCUUGCAGACCACUUCCAGUCCUACCACCACCUCUAUACAAAAAAAGAAAAAUAAUACAAGAAAGAGAACUGCUUCCUCUACUGUCACUACUCCUACUACCAUGACGACUCGUAAAAGAAAUGAAAUUGUCGCUGCUACUUCUACUGCUCUAACAACUACUACAACAAAUUCAGCAAGAAACUAUCGUAUCAAUGCCGACAAGAUUAGAAGAGUUGACAAAUCACUCAAAGUACUAUGUGAUGGAUUAUUUGCUUACCUUGGUCGUCAACCAAUCAAUCAAGUGAUUGAUCUUGCUGGAGCAAGUGAAGAGUUGAAUGUCACACCAAGACGUUUCUAUGAAAUCCUAAAUAUCUUUGAAUGUUUGGAAUUGGUCUCCAAAAGUGACCGUAACUAUGUUUGGCUUGGUAUUCAAAACCUCCACACUCGAGUGUCAUCCAUCAUCCACCGCAAAACAAACAAAAAGACUGCUCUCGUUGACCUUCAAGAUGAUGGUCAAAAGUCUCUUAUUAAACUAACAUUAAACUUUUUAUCAUUAUUUUCUUCAAAGCCAAAUAUUACACCACCAGAAGCUAUACAAGCACUUGGCAUUGAACAACAAAAAGCAAAGUCAAGAAGAGUCUACGACAUUGCAAAUAUUCUUCAAAGUUUGGGUGUCAUUACAAAGCAGAGAAUGUCAACAUCUGACAAAACCAUUCUAUUUAAAUUAUCCCUUUCUUAUAUAAAGUAA